UGUCUCCAAAGAAUGAAAGCUGCGCCGUCGAAGCUCGCGAACCUUCAGGUUUCCUCUCUUCCUCGCGCGUGCAGUGUCGUCACCACCCAGAUCUGCGCAAUUCCCGGUACCAUCAAGCUACUUGCCAUACGACUGGCGAAUAUUCCUGGAAGAGACUAGCUAAAAUGAGUGUUGAAAUGGACGAGGAUGACGAUUUCUACGCGCCUGAGGAGCCCGAGGUCGCUCCUGCGCCAACCCCCGCCGCCGCUGCGCCCGCUGCGGAGAAAGCGCCCGAACUGAAAACCGAGGAUGAGGACCUGGAGGAGGGCGAGGAAGAGGAUGAGGGCGGCGCAAUGGACGAGGACGAGGACGACGAUUCCGACAUCGACAUCAUCACCGAGAGGAAAGACGGAACAAAGGCCGCUCCCCCUUCACAGUCGAAAUACAGCGAGAUCAGGAACAUCCCUCAAAGGACAGCUUCCACCGACACAACAGCCAAGGCCGCCGCUCCAGUGAAGAAGGAGGAGUCAGCCAAGCCUGCAGAACAAGCGAGGCCCAAAUCAAACUUCGACGCAUACGCCGUUCCCACGCACAAGCCCACUGGGAAGCCAUUGACACAAGUCAGCAUCGACGAAGACUUGGGCGAGGAUGCUGCGCCGUGGCGGAAACCCGGGACCGACAUCAGCGACUACUUCAACUACGGCUUCGACGAGUUUAGCUGGACCGUCUACGCACAGAAACAGACGCAGUUGCGGGCCGAGUACAGCCAGGAGGCCAUGUCACAGAACUCCAAGAAGAUGAUGGAGGAGUUCAACAGCAUGAUGAUGCUCGGAGGCAUGCCGCCAGGCAUGGCCAUGGCCGGAAUGCCAGGAGCGGCCGGAGGCGCCCAGGGCGGCGCGGCUGGAAUGGGCGGCGCAAUGGCCGGCAUGGACGGCAUGCCUCCAGAGAUGCAGCAGAUGAUGCAGCAGAUGAUGGCGUCUGGCAUGGACCCGAGCCAGAUGGACCCGUCAGCCAUGUUCGCCGCCAUGCAGGGAGGCGCAGGUGGCGGCGCCGCUGGUGCUGGCGGCGGCGGCCAGGGCGGCCAGAACCAGAACUUUGGUGGUGCAGGAUUCGGUGGCGGCCAAGGUCAGGGUUAUGGGUACGACCAGCAGCAGCAGAACAUGGGAGGUGGUGGCAGGGGCGGGUUUGGCGGCAGAGGGCGGGGUGGCCGGAGGAAUUGGUAACGAAAAAAACGCUCUACGAUACUUGCCUCAUCGCCCGAAGACAAGAGGGAUUUUGAACAUGCGGCAUCCAGCGAUUCCUUGUAGUUUUCUUCCAAAACUAAUAGCAUACCCGCCG